GAUGAGAUCACAUUGGCAGUCGUACUCAAAGAAAGUGCGAUCGUAAAUGUUUUGGCGUUCAAUAUUGAGAAAUUAUCGUUUCGUAAAUUAUGUGAACUGAGUGCAGUGUCGAAUAUUGUCGAUGUAGCUUUUUGUAAAGAAAAUUAUAUUGUUGCCUUAAGCAAUGAUUCGGUUCUGUUUGGAGAAAUUCGAUCGGGAGGAGGAAGAUUAGAAGUGGUGCAAGGAACUGAUGAAUAUCUAGUGAACGAUCUGAAAGAAGCUCGAGAUGGUUUACCGUGUCUGGAAAAGAAAAUCGGAUUCGAUAAUAUGAGUGAAUAUCGACAGAGAAAACUUGAAAGAAUUCAGAACAGGAAGCGAAAGGCUGAAAAAGUAGAGUAG